AUGUCAUUGAACCCAAUGAGUAAACUUCCUUUUCAACAUAUUCAUGAGCCAUCGUUAUUAAAUGAGUCAGAAAGUUCCAACCAGAUUCGCGGUGGAAGUGUGCGUUCCUCAGAUGGGGGUGGUUCAUUCAGUGGAUAUGAAGAUAUUGGUGAUGAGAGGGCUCGUAUUGAACGCAAGAUUGAACAAAUUAAAGAGAAGUUAACGCGCAUCUCACUCGCUAGAGAAGCUGAUGUCGAUGACUUUUUAUCGGUGACGAAUAAUAUGGCCGGUGGUAAUGAAAAUCCUCAAAUUGCACGAGUUCGGCAGCAUUUUGAGAAGAAAAACAAAAAACAUACCCAAGAAACCGAGAGUCUUCAGAAAAAACUGGAGCAAUUUCAAGCAAGAUUACUUGAACUUAGUAUGGGUGUGAAUUCGGAGCCAUCACCAAGGAGUGCGGUUCUCAGUAACAUUCGUAAAACGGGUCCACUGCUGCGCGAAGUGACCGGUUCGGUAAUUUCGGCACCACUUGGAAUAGCGCAUAUGAUAAAGAAUACAUUCGGUUCGGCAGAUAACAUUCCGGAUAGUGUUGAGAAUGAAGGUGCUAGUGUUGGUCACUCCACGUUCUAUCCGAAUAUUAUUUCCAAUGACGAUCGGCUACGCUCUUAUUCAACGAAUCAGUGUCAACAACAAGAUCUAUCGGAUAAAAGUAAGUUACGUCUUCGUACUGAAACGGUGCCUGCGAUGCCGAUUGAUUUUACCCUGCAGUCUACGGGUGUUUCUGAGGGUAAAUCACCGAGUCCAUCGGUUUCAUUAGAAGGUAUCACAGAACUGAAAGAUGAGAUUCGGGAACUGAAACAACAGAAUCAACAACUUCUUGAUCAAAUCAACAAAGUUCAGAAUCAAAUGCAGUCCGAGUUCAAAUUCUACAAUAGUGAAUUACACGAGGAACGAAUUAAAGUUCAGAAGCUGGAAGAGAUUCUCAAUGAGACAAUAGAAUUACACCAAGCAGAGGUGACUACGCUGAAAUCAGAUUUGAAUACAAUCGGGACUCGUAUGGAUUAUCAUUACUGUGAUCGAUUCCGUUCAAUUGAAGAAAGUAUUGAAAGUACACAAAAUAGCGUAUGUUCUUUAUUUGAAGUGGGUAUAAUACAGAUGAUAAGAUUGGAAGAGUACGUUCGAGAGUGGAUUGAAACGAGACCGCGUUCUGUGCUCAGUUCAGUGAUGUUAGUGGGUGCGAAUGCAUUAGUUGAAUUGCUGAAACUUAUUCUGUUUGUUGUUUCGUUUGCAUUGGACUUCAUAAAACCAUUCACUGGUACAAGGUCUCGUGCUGGUUUCUUGAUCAUCUUCGUGUUUAUAGCGAUUAUUUUAGCACAAUCUGUAGAUUUUUUGGAAUUGUUUCGAAGAUUCUUAAGUUUAUUCCAUAAGAAACAUUCAGAAGUGAUACUUUCAACGGAUAGUAUUUCAGUGACGUCGUUAGAUGAUGAUCAUGCGUAA